AAUAAAGUUCCACUAUUGGUUGAAAUUUGUCACGUGACACCUCCUUUAUGCUUUAGAGAAAGCCAGUAAAGCUUCCAUUUGGCGGGAUCGUGUUAGCGUUGGUUUCUUGUCGUCCAUAGUUGUUCAUACUGCAUCAAUUAAAAUGGCUGGUGGCAAAGCAGGCAAAGAUUCAGGAAAAGCGAAGGCCAAAGCUGUAUCUAGAUCAGCCCGAGCUGGAUUACAGUUUCCUGUGGGAAGAAUUCACAGACACCUAAAGAACAGGACCACCAGCCAUGGCAGAGUUGGAGCUACUGCGGCCGUCUAUAGUGCUGCUAUCUUAGAGUAUCUUACUGCUGAGGUUUUAGAGUUGGCCGGCAAUGCAUCAAAGGAUUUGAAAGUGAAGAGAAUCACCCCCAGACAUCUUCAAUUGGCCAUUAGAGGAGACGAAGAAUUGGAUAGCCUCAUCAAGGCCACCAUUGCAGGAGGAGGUGUCAUACCUCAUAUUCACAAGUCUCUCAUUGGGAAAAAAGGAUCUCAGAAGCCAGCGUAAAGAUGGUGUGUCAAGUGAACCAAGUGUGUGGAUGAGACAGAUAAUUCCAAUUUUGUGUGAUGAACUCAUUUCACACUGUUUAUCCCUCGAUUGUUUGAGGGGCUCUAAUUUACUGUUUUUAUUUUUAACUAAAUGUUUCACUUCAUUGUGUUCGUUUGCAUAACAAAUUUAAUUUUAUAGGAUGGAUUGGUAGGGAUAAUAGUGUUUAGUCUACUGUGAAGGCUUGUAAUAGCAGAGGGAUUUAUGUACCGUAUACUGUUUGUUCAAUUUUUUACCUGAAAGUAAUUGUUUAGAUGUUUGUAUCUGGGAUGCGCUGUAAUUUUUCUUUAUUUCAUAUCAAAAUUGUUCACCUUGUAUAUAGACAGAUGUAUACAUAUUGUAUACAAAAUGCAGUCAUUUACUUUUUUAAAGCCAAAUCUUAUAGUUUCAAGAUUGUGAAAUAUUGAUUGACUGCCUUUCAGUAUGUUACUUUUAAGACUAGAAUAAGAAAAUUUGAGGUUAAAAUAGAAAUUGUUGUAUUGUAGUUUUAAUUAAAUUUAAAGAAUUUCAUAACAAUACAAUGUUGAAAUAUU